AUGUUCCCGCUCUCUCUCCUGAGCCGGGGCCACGGGAAGCUGGUGCGCAACAAACAGAAGCUGGAAGUCUACUUUGAGCCAGAGGAUUACUUGAACUGGAAGUCCCCGGAAGACUAUGUCCUGGUCGGCAAACCUCAGGACAAGGACGACGCCAGCCAGCAUGCCUGGAGCCUCUUUCUUCCCAAAACUUUCAGCACUAGAAAGGGUGCCUUGAUCCUCUACUCAGAAGGGUUAGCCAUAUCGGCAUGGGCACCCAAAGACAGGAGCAAAGGCCCCUACGACCCCAAAAGUCACGGGAGGAGGCCCGCUCUGGAACUGCUCACGCUCCACGACCUCAAGGAAGCCAUCCUGGCCUAUGGACGGAGACGGAGGGAGCAGGACAGAGCCUGGCAACCGUACCUCUACUUCCGAAGUCAGCCAGAGAGCCAGACCCAGCGGCAGAUCCAGCCUGGGUAUUCAGCCAAGAGAUACCUCCGGGACCUCUUGCGAACAUGGCCACCUGACAUGAUGUACAAGCUCCAGUGUGCAGGAUACAUCGAGGAUUCUGUGCUGCUGCCGGACAGGCAACCUAAUGGACCAAAGAACUUCAGACCACAAGAUCUGUCAGGUGCACCCCCAAAUUACCAUCUCCCGCCUAUCUUCCCUCCACUUUGGAGUCAACAAGAAAGAUCUUUUGAACAAGGUCACCAGGGCCUGGCUGGAGGGCGCGCUGGGGCUGGGGGAGCCCCGGACCUGGACUCUGUCCCCGACAACCAUUGUGGGCGGCAGCCGUGGCAGGAAGAGGAGACCCAGGCAGAGGACACAUCGGGAGCGUUCAAGGAAAACCACAGUAAAACAGCGCAGCAGAGCUGCAAGGGGGUCUCCAGCCAGGCCCACACCCAUCACUUCCGGCUCCUGAGCCACGCAGCCCCCGUUACGUACUACGGAGGAGCCUUCCCCAGGGGGAAGGCCCUGCUCAGCGACAAACAAGGGCAUGUGCAACUCCGCCAAGCCAGAAGCGGCCCCCUGUUCCAGGAGCCCCCCGCGGAAAAAUGCCUUCUCCCUCCCAUAGCAUCUGCCGCUGGCUCAGAAAAGCACACCCCCGGGGAAGUGAAAAAGAAAAAGGUGUCAAGAGUUUUGAGAUUACCUCCUAUCUCAGAAGACCCACCCAGAGUCCUGGCCCCCCUGAGGAGCCAGUGUAAAGUCCAUGAGCCUCCGAUAGAACUCUUAGUCUUCCCAAUGGAGAUUCACGUCCACACUCAACACCACCCGAAAGACAAAGCCGGAAGAAGAGGUGCUCCAGGCUCAGAGUCAGAACCAGAAGCAGAAGUGGAGGCCAGGCCUUCGUGGAGGCCUCCCCCGAAGCAGGCCCUACAGAGGCCACGAGAGUUAACGGUUCAUCUCCCAGUGGAUACAGGCAGGGACACUCUCUCGCCUCAAGAUGAUGCUGCUCCAUCCCAGAAUGUGGCCCCACCAGUGGACGUGCUACCCCUGGCUGACAGGACAAAAAGUCCAGAGAGCCAGGGGGCACUGAACAGCCCCAGGACAUCUGGCCACCACAGCCCUCCGAGUCCCCCAGCUAUGAGACCGCCGCGGAGGGCACUGCCAUCCAAACAAGCAAACACUGAAUCCAGAACUAGUCUUCACGUGGAUCUUGUUGAAACCUCACCUUUGACCCAGACGACAGAGGAGCAGGGAGCCCAGCGGUCCUUGGAGGCGGCGGCUCAGAAGACGGGAGAGCCUCAAAGUUGUACAAAUAAAGGGCCGAUAUGUUCAAACAGAAAAGAAUUUUCCACGCGCAAGCUGCACAUCGACAUGACGCCGUUCCUGAAGGAGAAGGAGUUGAUUGACCAGGCCAACAGAAGGAAAGGAACCAAGACAGACAAGACCAAGGCCCCAGGAAGGGAGAGAGAAGGAAAGGUCCUUGGAGAAGCAGAGGCUGCUGUGGGGAAAUCAAAGCACUCCAAGCAUGAAAGGAAAGCAGAGCUAAUUUCCAAAGCCAAAAGGCCAGCAGUGAAGAGGAACAGGCCCCGGAAGGGAAGGAACCGGGAGCUAGCAGAGUCAUCAGGGCCUGAUGUCCACUCAACAAGGACAGAAGACGCCUCAAUGAGAGGUUGCUUCUCCGCAGACUCCGUGGAAGGCCCUUGGCUUUCUCACAAAGACGAGUUUCUGGAGACCCAAGUCUCUAUAGACAGCAGAUUGUCACCCACCCAGGCUGUGACUGCUGCAGGCGACCUGGAACCUGAAGAAGAGAAAAGCCAGGAAGACCCGUCCAAGGGCCUCGUCCCUAACAGGGAGCAGGAGCUGGCGUCCCGGGACAGGCUGCGAGCCCAGAGGGCUGAGAAGAGGCUGCUGGAGGUGGAGCGGAAGAGAAGGGAGCAGGCAGAGCAGCGGCGGCGCCAGCAGGAGGAGCUGGAGACCGCGGAGCAGAUGAAGGCGGAGCUGGAGCUGGAGCAGCAGAGACGCAAAGAGGAGAUGCGCUUAAGGAAACAGAGACUCGAGGAAGAGGAGCAGCGGCGGGCGGACGAGGAGAGAAGGCAGCGGCUCCUGAUACAGGCGGCCCAGGAGAGAGCCCGCCAGCAGCAAGAGGAGUUCCGGAAGAAGCUGCAAGAACUCCAGAGGAAGAAGCAGCAGGAGGCAGCAGAGAGGGCCGAGGCAGAGAAGCAAAGGCAGAAGGAACUGGAGAUGCAGCUAGCAGCAGAACAGAAGCGCCUGAUGGAAAUGGCUGAGGAGGACCGGCUGGAGUACCUGCGGCGGACACAGGAAGCCGCGGCAAAGGUCCAGCGGGAGGCAGAGGAGAGGCGGCAACAGGAAGAGGAAGCUGCAAGGCUGGCGUUGGAGGAAGCCACGCAACUAGCCCAGGAACAAGCCAGACAAAAAGCUGCUCUGGAGAAACGUCUUCAUUUCCAUCGAGAACUUCAGAAGGAAGCCAGUGGCCUGCAGUGGACACACAACAUUUCCAGACCAUGGGUUUACUCUUAUUUCCAGUUCCUACAGAUGCCCAGGCCUUAA